CCUUGAGCGCUGUGAAGAGAGGCCGGGAGUGGCAGGGAGCUAGCUGAUCCAUGGAGCCAUCACCUUCUGCGUCCCAGGGUGUGUGUAGCUGGAAGCUGGAAUUGGGAGUGGAGCUGGCCGUUGAACCCAGGGCUGACGUCGGCAGAGUCCGGAGGCUCCUAGGCAGAAGAGGGCCCUCCCCUCUCUGGCUGCCUUCGCCAUGAUCCACAGUCUCUUCUUGAUCAACUCCUCGGGGGACAUUUUCCUGGAGAAGCACUGGAAAAGUGUGGUCAGCCGCUCCGUGUGUGAUUACUUUUUCGAGGCGCAGGAGAGGGCCACGGAGGCAGAGAACGUGCCCCCGGUCAUCCCCACGCCUCACCACUACCUCCUCAGUGUGUACCGCCACAAGAUCUUCUUCGUGGCCGUGAUCCAGACGGAGGUCCCGCCUCUGUUCGUCAUCGAGUUCCUUCACCGAGUAGUGGACACCUUCCAGGAUUAUUUUGGAGUGUGCUCAGAGCCAGUGAUCAAAGACAAUGUGGUCGUUGUUUAUGAGGUGUUGGAAGAGAUGCUGGACAACGGGUUUCCACUGGCUACCGAGUCCAACAUCCUCAAAGAGCUGAUAAAGCCUCCCACCAUCCUGCGAACAGUCGUCAACACCAUAACAGGGAGCACCAACGUGGGAGACCAGCUUCCAACCGGCCAGCUGUCGGUGGUGCCGUGGCGGCGGACUGGCGUGAAGUACACCAAUAACGAGGCUUACUUUGAUGUGAUUGAAGAGAUCGAUGCUAUUAUUGAUAAAUCAGGCUCCACCAUCACUGCCGAGAUCCAGGGGGUCAUUGACGCCUGUGUCAAGCUGACGGGAAUGCCAGACCUGACGCUGUCCUUCAUGAACCCCAGGCUGUUGGAUGAUGUCAGCUUCCACCCUUGCGUCCGGUUCAAGCGCUGGGAAUCGGAGCGGAUCCUCUCCUUCAUCCCUCCUGACGGCAACUUCCGCCUGCUCUCUUACCAUGUCAGUGCACAGAAUCUGGUCGCGAUUCCCGUGUACGUGAAACACAGCAUCAGCUUCCGGGACAGCAGUGCCCUGGGCCGCUUUGAGAUCACAGUGGGGCCCAAGCAGACGAUGGGGAAGACCAUAGAGGGGGUGCUGGUCAGCAGCCAGAUGCCCAAGGGCGUCCUGAACAUGAGCCUCACGCCAUCGCAGGGCACGCACACCUUCGACCCCGUGACAAAGAUGCUGUCCUGGGAUGUAGGAAAAAUAACCCCCCAGAAGCUGCCGAGUCUCAAGGGGACCAUGAGCCUUCAAGCCGGGGCGCCCAAGCCCGACGAGAACCCCACGGUUAACCUGCAGUUUAAGAUCCAGCAGCUGGCCAUUUCCGGACUCAAAGUGAACCGCCUGGACAUGUAUGGCGAGAAGUACAAACCCUUUAAGGGCAUAAAGUACAUGACCAAAGCCGGAAAGUUCCAAGUUCGAACCUGAGAGAUGGAGAGUGUUGCCCAGGGAACAGUCACGAACUCUUUUUCAUUUCUUCCUUGUCUAAAAGUUUAAAAAAAACCACCUGUCUCCUAGGUCAGUCCCUGCAGGUCCGACCUGCCCCUUGUCUUCUGUAGCUCCCGCACCCCGGAGCUCAUGGAGGGAAUCGUGUCCCACGGGGAAGCGGACGGAGUGGGACCCAGUCAGAGGCGGGCGAUGGAGCAGCACACACCCAGGAGGGCCAGCAGGGGUCGCUGGCGUGGCUACGGCCGCCUAAAGCCAGCUGAGGGACUCUGCUGAUUUUACGUUAAGGCAGAAGAAAGGAAGAAACGUGAAUGUGUGUCAAAGAAAGGCCAGUGGAAGACCGACUUGAGAGGGAGAAGAAAGGCCAGCGAGGCCAGGUCCUGCACUGGUGGUUGCGGACAGCGCGUCUUCCCCUCGUCCCAGACCAUUGUAGUCGUCCCGGUGCAGGGCCCCGCCCCGGCCUUUUCCCUGGGAGCCAAUCCUUCACAGGGGUCUGAACAAGCAAGCCGGUCGCGGAAGCACUGCUCCCAUGACCCCCAGGGCAGCCACAUUGCUGCGCCGUGGCCCUGGGGCAGAGGGGGCCGACCACAGCCGAAGCCCGGGGGUCCCGCGUGGCUGUGCAGGGCGGUGCUGGGCCGGGCCUGGGUCCUCAGCCCGCCUGAUGGAGCUCCCUGAGCCGCCCCAUGAAGACGAGUGCUUUCCCUGCAGGGUGCGGCGGGUCCUUGGAGCUUGGCCGUACAUUAAUGGACAUGGGGUAGCUCCCACUCCACCUUGGGUUCA